AUGUAUUCUUCAAGAGGGAGUGGCUACGGACAGCAGCAAUACGGUUCCCAGUCGGGAUAUGGUCAGAAUCUUGGAACUGGUUAUCCAGGAAGCUCAGUCAGCGGUGGAGAAAGGGGCUCUCAGGUUAAUUUGAGCUCUCGGCAUCCAUCGAUUACAGGUGCUCCUCAGGAGACUGAGAUUGGUGGCUACAGAUCUCAUUUAUCGACAGCUAGUCAUUACGGAACGCAAUACGGCUCUGUGUAUGGCUCGACUUCUCUUAGCAGCUCUCAGCCGUUAAGCACUCAAGGUGUUGGCUCAUCAGUCUUGGAUAGCCGCUCGGGGGGGUAUGUCCCCACUCUACCAGAGUCACCAAAGUAUGCAUCUGGAAGCUAUAUGUCUCCCUCGAGCCAUGGCUAUGGUCAAAAGGGAGAGGAUUUGUAUUCAGAUAAGCUCUCUGGCUAUGUCCCGGUUGAUAGAAGGCAGCAGUAUGGGGAACGGUCAAGCGCCUAUCUUGGUAGGGAGUUGCCAAAUGAAACGACGGCUCGAUAUGCUGAUUCAUCUAAUUUUGGUCGUCAGACUGAUAUGUAUGAUCGCAUUGAUCAAGCAUCACUCCUCCGGGGAGAACAAUUACUCAAAAUUCAGUCGCUCCAUACCUCUUCUGUUGAUGGAGGUGUCAGACAAGCCGAUUAUCUUACAGAACGAAGUUCUACUGUACGUCAUUCUGACCAAGAAGCUAUGCAUUACGGAGGGAGGCUUGAGUCUGAUCCCCACGGCUUGUCAGCGCGCAGCACAUCUUCUUAUGCCAGCCAACAUGCCCCAUCGUUAUUAGGAGCUGUUCCUCGACGAAACUUAGAUGACUAUAUUUAUCCGGAGAGCUCUUCAAAUCCUGGUUAUGGCGUUAGCUUGCCUCCAGGCAGGGAUUAUGGCACUGGGAAAGGAAUCCACAGUGCAGCGUCUCUUGACUUGGAAUACCCUGGUGGUAUGCUGGCUCGUGGUGGUGGUGGUCCUCGUGUUGAUGAUCUUCGAAAAGAUGACCGGGCAAGUUAUCUCAGGGAGUUCGAACUAAGAGAAGAAGAGCGUCGCCGUGAGAAUCUGCGUUCCAGAGACAAGGACCGAGAACGAGAGAGGGAACGCGAACGUGAAAGAGAACGAGAGCGGCAGAGGGUACGAGAAAGGCAAAGAGCCAAGGACCGAGAAAGGGAACGCAUGUUAGAGCGCCGGGAGAAGGAAAGAGAAGGAGAAAGAGAACGUGAUCGUAAACGCGCUCUCGACAUAAAACCACUAGAUCGGGCUCCAACAGCAAGAGGUACGUCCAAGGAUCCAAAGGAGCGGACUCCAGUGCCAAAAGCUAUUUCGAGGGCACGUAGUUCCUCUUUGCGGCGGGAUGUUCAACAUCGUGAAGCAUCAAUUAGGCGUCCUUCACCGAUUAAGCCAAUAAGGAGAGAUUAUGUCUGCAAGGUCUCAUCCUCGAGAUUGGUUGACAUGGAGAGGGAUUACGUGACAUUAGAUAGAAGAUAUCCAAAGCUUUUUGUGCCUUCUGAGUUUUCUAAGGUUGUAGUAAACUGGCCGAAAGAAAAGCUUACGCUUUCUAUGCGUACGGCUGUGAGUUUUGAGCAUGAAUACAUUGAAGACGGUGGAGUUGACGUGAAAACUACUCCCACGAAGUCUUUAGCACUGAAAACUGAAGGAAACACCGUUUGGCACGCCAAGAUGAUAUUGAUGAGCGGGCUCAGCAGGACUGCUGUGGAAGAUCUUUCAUCAGAUAAAUUAUUUGAAGACCGUUUACCUCAUAUAUGCAACAUCUUAAAAUUUGCUGUUCUUAAAAAGGAUCAUUCUCUCAUGGCGAUUGGUGGUCCCUGGGAUCCCACAGAUGGCAUGGACCCAUCAGUUGAUCAGUCUUCCUUAAUUCAGACAAUACUGAGGCACACAAAGGACAAGCUUCAUCUUGAUCUCAGCAACUGUCGUCACUGGAAUCCAUUUCUUGAGAUACAUUAUGACAGAGUUGGCGCAGAUGGAGUUUCUAGCUACAAAGAGAUCACUGUACUAUUUGUCCCCGAUUUAUCAGAAUGUCUUCCUUCAUUUGACGCUUGGAGAAUCCAGUGGUUGGCACACAGGAAAGCUCUUACUGAGAGAGAUCGACUACUGUCUGAGGAGGCUAAGAAAGAUGGCAUUGUGGGAAAAAGCAGUGAUGAUAAGGGUGACGUAGCCAAGGAUGCAGAGAACAAGACCGCAGGAGACUCUUCCGCCGCCCCGAAAACUGGGACGAAGAAGAUGGUGAAAAAGAUAAUCAAAAGAGUUGUUAAAAGGCCUGUUGUCAACGAUGGAAAGGCAACUGGUAAGAAAGAUGAGAAGUCGGACGAGAAGGAUGUCCCUGAAAAGGUUGCCAUAUCCGAGACCGCAGUCCCAAACGAAGAAUCGACCGGUACAUCUUCUAGCAAAAAGGUAGUAGCAACAACCACACAAAAUCAAGGGAAGGGCUCAGAAACUGGUGAUAAGCCAAGCUCAGAUCCCAGUGCUAAGGCUAGUGAUCCGACUCCUUCAAAGACAAUAGUACAGAAAAAAAUCAUUAAAAGAGUGGCUAAAAGGAAGGUUUCUGAAGCAGACAAUGCCAUGGACGGUGACUCUAAGAAAGAUGGAGACAAUGGUAGUAUGGUGAUGAAAUCCCCAGAAAAAGAGAAAGAAGAGAGUGCCUCAAAAACUGUGGAAAUAAAACAGAGUGCUGUAUCCCCAGAUACUGAGAAAAAGGUAGGUGCCUCUAGUUCAACUAAGAAGGACACUGAGACAGGCGAAGACAAGAAGGCUGAAAAGAAAAUCAACUCAGAGACAGAGUCUGAGGGGAAAAAAGUUGAUGAGAAAAAGGCAAAAGAGAAGAUUAAUGAGAGAGGUGGAAAAGAAGAGUCCAAAAUACAAGUUUACCGGAAAAAGCCUGAGGAACCUCCUCGGCCAGGAUUUAUUCUACAAACGAAACGGAACAAAGACUCCAAGGUGCGUUCAUUUUCCCUCUCCCUGGAUUCGCUUUUGGAUUACACUGACAAGGACAUUGAUGAGUCCUCAUUUGAGCUCUCAUUGUUUGCGGAAUCGCUGUUUGAGAUGCUACAGUAUCAAAUGGGUACCCGUAUCUUAGAAUUUCUCAAGAAAUUACGUGUGAAAUUUGUGAGACAAAGAAAUCAACGGAAGAGGCAUCAGGAAGAGUUAUCUGCCAAGCAAAACGAAGCAAAAGCACAAAACAAGCGCCAAAAGACUGUUGAACAAAACGACAAGGAAACCUCUAAUGUAACUGAAUCCGCUCCUGAGAAGGAUGUUAAGGAAACUGCAGACGGUACUCAGGAUAAGGAAGCUGUAGUUAAGACUGAAGAGACUGAACAAACUACUGGUGAUGAAGCUGCUAAUAUGGAAGUGGAUAACCGGGAAGAGGCGGAUAAAGAGAAUGAGGAGGAUGACGAUGACCCAGAGGAAGAUCCUGAGGAGGAUCCUGAAGAGGACCCUGAAGAAGACCCUGAAGAAGAUCCUGAAGAAUGCGAGGAGAUGGAAGAUGCAAACCCUGAGAAAGAAGACAACCCUGCUGAGGAGCCGCAGAAGAAUGAAGGAAACAGUGAGAAGACUAGUGGCACUGUUGCUGAUCCUAUAACUGAAGUCGCAACUGAUAUAAAAGAAGAAAAAGGUUCCAUCGACGAGAAGACUGAUUCCAAAUCUGCUGAGAUCGAACCCAAGUCUGAGUCAGACAAGCACGGGAAGCAAGAGGGAGGAACCUCUGAUGUACCAAAAAGAGAAGAAACAGUUGAUAAAGAGUUGUUGCAGGCUUUCAGAUUUUUUGACCGUAACCAAGCAGGCUAUGUUAGGGUUGAAGAUAUGAGAAUAACUAUGCACAGCUUGGGAAAAUUCCUAUCUCACCGCGAAGUCAAGGAACUUGUGCAAAGUGCUUUGUUGGAGAGCAACACAGGAAGAGAUGAUCGGAUUUUAUACAAUAAGCUUGUUAGGUUGUCUUUAUAG